UCACCCUGGUCAUCUCGCGUGCACUCUAUUCUUCCAAAUGAUACUCUUCUUUUUUUCAUGCAUACUUAUAAAGCGCGUCUCUAAAGAUACUCGCAUCACUAAUGUGACAACUUGACGGAUGAAUAAUUGUCGCAAAACAAAAUAUUCCGGAUGGAGACACGCUCCACUACCUCCCUUAUGCAAUUCUUCUAAUUAGUGAUCGGAUUAUCGUGACCAUUGUCACGGGUGAGUCCUUUGUGGACGAGAGCCAUUGAAUUGUCAGGAUGAAGAAAAACAGUAUCCAAUCACGGGGAAAGUGAGAGCUUCAUGAAGGCAUAACACACGAGUCUGGACGCGUCCGAGCGUUCAGUACUCUGGAAACUGUCCGCCAAAGGAGAUAUGAUGUACACCAAGUGCUUUCUUAUUUUUAAACUUUGGUCGUGCGUGAUUGUAUUGUCAAUACAUUAUGAUAAUGUAAACGGAGAGAUCAAUUCGAUACAGCCAAACCAUAUUUCAACGAUUUAUCCUAUUUUGACGUCCAAGAAACCAACAAGGUAUCUGUCCGACGGAAGUCGAGUAGACUUUCAAAUAAGGAAUCAUCAGGGACCUGGAACGUACAUUUUUGGCUUCGACACUGGACACGGAAAAAAUCGGCAGUAUAGGAUAGAGGAGCGUCUUCAGGAUGGAAGCGUUAAGGGCCGAUACGGUUUCUACGAUGCGAAGGGGAAACUCAGGAUUGUCAGUUACAUCGCGGGCCCCAACGGCGGCUAUCAAGAGCGACAUCACGAAACUUUCGCUCACAAACCUGGAACUUAAUGUAUCCCAUGUGCUCCUGUAAGCUUAAAGUAAUUAAUAAAUUUAUUUACACGUAUCGGAACCUUGUGCAAGCGCUAAUUGAAGAACAACAGUUACUGGAACAAGCUUCGAGUUAUGCGGGAAAUGUCGGAAUAUACAUAAAAUAAUUCGACAUACAUAUGAUUCAAUAUAUAUAUAUAUAUAUAUAUAUAUAUAUAUAUAAUUAUAUAAUUCAAGAUUAUGAGAGGUAGAUAUAUAUACAGCACGUCCGUGACGCAUGUGUUCUGUAAAAAUAAUUUCUGCGAGUGCAUUGGGAUUAAACCGUUUAUUUAACAAUAACAAUCGCUAUAUAAGAAAAAAAUGCCAACGCAAAAAAAAAAGAUAUAAACGUCAUAUAUAAUAAUACCAAGUAUAGAUAUAUAUGUAUAUACAUAUAUAUAUAUAUAUAAUAUAUAUAUAUAUAUUUAUGUAUGAGGCUGUGUAUAUUAAUAUCUAGUCCAUACAGGAAACGCAUCUGUCGCUGAAUGGAUCACACACAGACGUAAAAAUGAAAUGUAUACGCAUCUGUUUUUCCCCUGUCCUCCGCACUUUUUUUCCCCCCUCCUCUCGUCCCCCAUUACCCCAAACCACAUAAUUAUCCCGUCACGUCUUUCUUUUGACACAUUGUUCACACGGCAAUUGUUGUUACUUGUUGAUUGAUGAUUGUUUAAAAGUUAUUUGUUCUUCGUCGCAUUCUCCGCGCCGUAAGAUGAGCCCUUGCUUAUCUCGGACAUUCCAAGCGUUUUGUCCAUUAACAAGUAAA